CUUUCGAUUUUCAUGCAGAAGAAAGAGAAAAAUAAAAACUCCAAUGAACGAGAAAAUACCGAAGCUUCACUCGACAUUGACCAAAUAUCCCCGGAAAACGGCGUCGGAUCCCGGUGAAAUCAGCCGGCUUACGGUCAUCAGAACCAAGAAUGAUCGCCGGAGAAGGUUGGAAAUUAGAAGGUUGAAGUAUACAUGUGAGACGAUGACGAAUAUAACCAUCACAGAGAACAAAAACAGCGGCGAUAAAGACUAUGAUCGUCUUCAUGGAUCAAAACCAAGCAACGGUUCAAAAGAAAUAUCACUUUCAUUGUCUUCUUCUCCGUCCAAUCAAUCAACUUCAGAUGGGGGAGGCAUCGUUUUAGCUGGUUUUGUAGAGAAAACUCGCAAGAAAAACGACGAUGUGCAAACUUUAACGCGCACGUCUCAUGGGUUACUGUCGGUUAUUGGUCGGAGAUGCGAAAUGGAAGAUGCGGUGAAAGUGGAGUUAGGUUUUAUGGACAAAGGAGGGGAAAAGUUUGAUUUUUAUGGAGUUUAUGACGGGCAUGGGGGGUUCAGGGUGGCGGAGGAGUGUAAAGAAAGGUUGCAUAAACUGUUGGUGGAGGAAAUGGCAGAGGAUAAUAAGAAAGGGAGUGGGAUUGAUUGGGGAACAACGAUGGAGAGAUGCUUUGAGAAGAUGGAUCAAGAGGUGAAUAAAGGGAGGUUGGCGGAGGAGAUGGUGGGGUCAACGGCGGUUGUGGCGGUGGUCGGUAACGGGAGGUUAGUAGUGGCCAAUUGCGGGGAUUCCAGAGCUGUUUUGUCCAGGGGCGGUGUUGCUACGGCCUUGUCUUUUGAUCACAAGCCCGACAGAGCUGAUGAGUUGGAGAGAGUUGAAGCCGCUGGUGGUAGGGCUAUAAAUUGGAAUGGAUAUCGAGUACUUGGGGUACUCGCAACUUCAAGAUCCAUAGGUGAUCAGUACCUUAAACCAUUUGUGAUCUGCAAGCCGGAAGUAACCGUACAUGAGCUAACCUCUCGUGACGAGUUCCUCAUACUCGCUACUGACGGACUGUGGGAUGUCGUAUCGAAUGAAGUUGCGUGCCGAGUAGCGAGGCGUUGUCUCAACGGUCAAAUAAGGAGCAAGUCGGCUGACGUUGUGAAUCAAAAUCGUGCUGCCGAAGCAGCCGCCAUGUUGGUUGAGCUUGCAAUGUCUCGGGGUAGCAGAGACAACAUUAGUGUGAUUGUGGUGGAUUUGAGGAAAACAUAACACUGCCUCUUGCUUCUUCUUUUUUUAUUCCCUCUGUCUCGGUUCUAUUAUCAUAGAUUGACUUUUCACUAGGUAAACUAUAAAUUUUAUCAUUACAUUUUAUUCUCUCUUA